AUGCCCGGCACACACCGGCACGGCUCGGUGUUUGCACGCCGUGACGUGAGGUUGGCCCACGGCGAAGGCGGCCACCUCUACUUUGCGUACCAGCUCGGCAUCUACUCGAUGCUCUUCCGGCUGCUCCUCGCGCUGCGGCCCGCCUUUGGGCGCGUGCGCGUGACGCCGACCUUCGCCGCGCACCGCACGCCCCUCUACGUUUUCCUCGGCGAGUACUCUGGCGCGGAGAGCCCCGCCGCCGUCGCGGCGCUCACCUGUCUCGAGGCGCUGCCGACGGCCAUGGCGCUCACCUUUCUCGAGGCGCUGCCGACGGCGGGCGCGGGCGCGUACGUGGCGUGGCACCUCUCUGCGUGGGACGGCGCGGCGAGGGCGCUGCACGCCGAGCUCUCGCCCGACCUGCACGCGGUGUGGCGGACGCAGGAGGGCUACCUGAGGGAGCAGCGGCUCACCGCCGAGCGGCACUCACAGGUGCUCGACCCGCUCGAUGACGCGAACAACGCGGGCAAGGGCUGCUACCGCUUCUGCCAGGUGGGAUGCGCCAUCGACCUCGGCUCCCUCGUCACUGCGCUCAUGGACGCGUCUGCGGGCGGCGAGCCGACGGGCGACAUGCCGCCGCCGGUGGCGCCUGCUGGGGCGUGA